GCUGUUCUGACAUCCGCUUUCGUCUUUCCUCACGAUGAGCAAGCCUCUAAAGAAGACCGACAAGGGGAACAGGACCAUAACAGAUUUCUUCGCUCGGCGAUCGUCGAUGUGCACCCCAUCGUCGUCUCAACUAGCAUUAUCUCAGCCCUCCUUGUCCCAGCCGACCCCGGCCAAGAAACCAGGCUUUAAGCCUGGUAUAAAACAAACCACAAAGAAGAAAACAAUACCAUCCACUCAAGAUAAGGGCGCCAUAUCGAUCUCCUCUAGCGGCCGCGACGAUCCCAUCCUCGUCUCGGCUAAGACCAAACGUUCUCAUGCUUCAGUCUCUGACGACACUAGUGACUCUGUAGCCGUUAUAUCUGCGCCGUCUAAAUCUAACGCGACUGUACCGACGAGGGCUCCAGCAGCUCCAAAGCACACCAAUUCUCGAUCAACACAGUCCAGUGCAAAAACCACUAUCAAGCGACGGGCGCAGCCCACCGCCGCGAUAGAAGCCAGUUCCUCCACAGCAAAGCUUCCUCCGCGUAGGAAGCGCAAGCUCGAUUGGUCUGAUACCUCCGACGAAGAAAUGUUUAGACCGGAUCCCAACGCGAUGAACGCGGCGCUGACUCGCGCCCCUGUUCCUCGCGUCGUGCCAUCGCCACCCAAACUUACAGAGGGCAGGACGCAUGCGGACAUACCCUCCAGCCCCAGUGCAUUUUCAACGUCUUCUAAACGACGUCGCCUUUCAUCGCACGACUUGCCCGCCAUAUACCAUGCUUCUGGGGAAGAGGCCGAUGUGGAGGAAGUGCCCAGCAGCUUAUCCGACGAACAGGAACUUGUGCUCCCGAAGUCAGCACUGCGUGGCGCAGAGACCACGAAGAAGAACGUUGACAAAUGGUGUCUAGAAGUAUCUGCUGAGUCCUCUGGUCAUGAGCGUUCGCCACCACCCUCCGACUGUCCCUCAACAUCACCAGUCUCGUCUUCUCCCACUCAUGAGAUCGUACCAUUCCCCGCGGAAGGACCACUGGACGUGGAAAUAGAUAUAGACGUGGACAUGGCUGAUGCUGCUGAUAUGCUCAAAAGAAACCAUACUCUGCGCCACAGCGAAUCCGAGGCGGAGGUUAGCCAACAGUUGUAUUUCCAAGAGCCAUCCUCUGGCCUCAUCUCGAUACCCCCUCCUCUACACACGACUCGUGCUACACCCAGGGAUGCUGAACCCUUUGUCGAUCAUUUCCGACCGCAUACACCCCCUCCCGUAGAAGUCGGAGACCGUCUUUCGCCACUACCACCGACCCCUGUGGCUCUUGACACUGAGACAAAAACAAGGCAGUGGAUUGAAAGGAUCAAGGCAGAGGCAUUAGAAGCUGCUAAGAGGAUGCAGCGGCGAGACUCAGACGACGAGAUUGAUCUGCAAAGCCUUAGUGACAGCGACGACGGCGAUUUGUCCUUCUCAGCCCUCAGGUUAAUUACACGGUACGUCUC